GUUCCUUGCGGCAGUAAUGGCUGCUCCCAGCCGUCGCGCGGCUACUCUGUUUCGGGCGGUGUCAGGGGUCCGGCAGUUGGGCCCCAGUGCCGAGAGGGAGUGGGGGGUCCGGCUCUCCUCGCUCUUUGACUGUCAGCGGAGGUGCGUGUCCUGUUUCGCGGGCGCCGCCUUCUCUGGUCCCCGCCUGUCCUCUGCUUCUCGCCGUUAUGGCCAGAGCUCAGCCUUGGACCGCUUCCUUGGACUCUCUCAGCCGGACAGUUCGUUGACUUCUCACCCUCCCGGCGUGUCUAUGCACAGAGAUGAGCAGGAUCUCCUAUUGGUCCAUCAUCCCAACAUGCCUGAGAACCCCCGGGUCCUACGAGUCGUCAUCCUGGGUGCCCCGAAUGCAGGGAAGUCAACACUCUCCAACCAGCUGCUGGGUCGGAAAGUGUUCCCUGUCUCCAAGAAGGUGCACACCACUCGCUGCCAAGCUCUGGGGGUCAUCACGGAGAAAGAGGCCCAGGUGAUUCUACUUGACACCCCUGGCCUCAUCAGCCCUGUUAAACAGAAAAGGCACCAUCUGGAACUUUCUUUGUUGGAAGAUCCAUGGAAGAGCAUGGAAUCUGCUGAUCUGGUUGUGGUCCUUGUGGAUGUCUCAGACAAGUGGACUCGGAACCAGCUCAGCCCCCAGGUGCUCCAGUGCCUGACUCAGUUCUCGCAAGUCCCUAGCAUCCUUGUCAUGAACAAGGUAGAUUGCCUGAAGCAGAAGUCCGUUCUUUUGGAGCUCACAGCAGCCCUUACUGAAGGUGUGGUCAAUGGCAAGAAGCUCAAGAUGAGGCAGGCCCUUCGCUCACAGCCUGGCACUCCGUGCCCCAGCCCAGCAGCUGAGGGCCCAAAAACACAGUCUGUGGGAGGCCCUCAGAGGAUCGGCUGGCCCCACUUCCAGGAAAUCUUCAUGUUGUCAGCCCUAAGCCAAGAGGAUGUGAAAACACUAAAGCAAUACCUCCUGGCACAGGCCCGGCCAGGACCCUGGGAAUUCCACAGUGGAGUCCUCACUAGCCAGACGCCUGAGGAGAUCUGUGCCAACAUCAUCCGAGAGAAGCUCCUAGAGCACCUGCCCCAGGAGAUUCCCUACAGUGUGCAGCAGAGGACAGUGAUGUGGGAGGAAGGGCCAAGCGGGGAGCUGGUGAUUGAACAGAAGCUUCUGGUGCUCAAAGAAUCUCAUGUGUCUUGUGUGUGUGUCUCUCUCUCUCACCCCACCCUCAGAGGAUCCUGAUUGGUCCAAAGGGGCGCUUGAUCUCCCAGAUUGCACAGGAGGUGGGCCGAGAUCUCAUGGACAUCUUCCUCUGCGAUGUACAGCUGCGGCUCUCUGUGAAGCUUCUCACAUGACCGCCCUCAGCUGCCUUUCCCAUGGCAUCCCAGCCCUAGCUGCUGGCAGGAGCCACUGACCAGGAUGGCCCCUGCCUGGGAUGGGGACUGGUGAGAGGCAUGGGCACUGCCUGAUGGACUGACUGGCUGGCAUGGCCUUAGUGAGUCUGCCUAGGCCCUACCUGACCACAUCUGUUGGAGGAAGAAACUUAGCUCGGUUACAGGGUCGUGCCUCUGCCUGGGAUUCCAGCUGCUUAGGUCUAGAAAUUGGCUCUUCAGUAGGAACAAUGCCACUCUGCUUCUGGCUGGCAUCAAACCCAGAGUUUCUCCCUGUGUUGCCAGUUUUAGCAGAGAGGCCUUUUUCCUAUCCCCUCAGUUCCUCUACCUUAAAACCACGCAUAAGGACUUGUGGGUCCUAAGGGAGAUAGUGCCACUUGCCCCAUCCCUCUUCCCAGGCUCGAAUGCUAAUAAAAUUAAAAGACAAGC